GGGGUGCACCUUACUGGUGUUGCCCCCAUUUUGGGGUGCAGCUGAGCUAGUUUGGGUUGCACCACACAGUGGGUGCCCCUCCUCCCCAGCCCUCCCAAAACACAUCCCUCCUCCCCGCAGUCCUACGCCUCCACUCUUCUCACUUCUCCUUCCCAUCGCCCCGAGGCAGCCACCAUGCACCUAUGGGUGCUGCUCGCGGUGCUCUCUGCAGGGCUGCCCCCCACCUUUGGCUCCGGACUGGAUGAGGCAACAGCAACGGUUUUUUGGGGUCAGGGGAGCUCCUUCGGGCAUAGCGUGGCCCAGCUCGACAGCGGGGUGCUGGUGGGGGCCCCCCUCAAUCCAGGAGGGGCCGGUGAGACAGGACAGGUCUAUCAGUGCCAGUUCAGUACCGGGAGUUGCCAGAAUGUCCCCAUCACCGUCCCCCGAGAAGUGACAUCCAUGUCUCUGGGCCUGUCCCUGGUGGCCCACGGAUCCCAGUUCCUGGCAUGCGGCCCCACGGCACGGAGGGCCUGUGGGGUGAACAUGGAGCUGCGGGGGCUCUGCUUCCUCCAGCCUGAAGGGAGCACCUUACCCACCACCCUGCCAGGUUGCUCCAUGAAGGCCUCUGACAUCGUCUUCCUCAUAGACGGUUCAGGCAGCAUCUCAUACCCUGACUUUGAGAGGAUGAAGGUCUUCAUCACCCAGGUCAUGAGGCAGUUUGAGAGCACUGACACCCGUUUUGCUGUCAUGCAGUUCUCCAGUACGACCAACCUCCAUUUUGACUUCGCCACCUUUGCCCGGUUGUCCCUGGCAGAGUGGGAGAAUGAGGUCCAGCGCAUCACACGGAGCGGAGGGACCACCUGGACGGCCACUGCUAUCCAGACCGUGGUGAGGCAACUCUUCACCCUGACAAAAGGAGCCCGGCAAGAUUCCCACAAGAUCCUCAUUGUGGUGACGGACGGGGAGAAGUAUGGGGACCAGCUGGACUAUCAGGAUGUCAUCCCUGAAGCAGCACGAGCAGGGAUCAUCCGCUAUGCCAUUGGCGUGGGCAAUGCCUUCAGGGAUCCAGCCGCCGAAGAAGAGCUCCGCACCAUCGCCUCUCAACCCAGCAAGGACCACGUCUUCCGGGUGGACAACUUCGAUGCCCUGCAAGGCAUCCAGAACCAGCUGCAGGAGAAGAUCUUCGCCAUCGAGGGCACCCAGUCUGCCCAGAGCAGCUCCUUCCAGCUGGAGAUGGCCCAGGAGGGCUUCAGCGCCCUGAUCACCCCCGAGGGGCCCGUACUGGGAGCGGUGGGUGCCUACGACUGGUCCGGAGGGGUCUUUGUCUACGACAGCAGUGGGAAGGCCACCUUCGUCAACGUGUCCCAAGACGCUGGGGACAUGAACGACGCCUACUUGGGCUACGCGGCCGAGUCCCUCUCCCUGGAGGGCGGGCGGGCGCUGGCGCUGGGGGCCCCCCGCUACCGCCACGUUGGCCGCCUCCUCCUCUUCCGCCUGCGCAGCCCCCGGGCUGGCUGGACACUCCUGGCCGAUGCCACGGGGCCGCAGGUGGGCUCCUACUUCGGGGCGUCCCUGUGCGCGCUGGAUGCCGACGGGGACGGCAGGGACGAGGCGGUGCUGGUGGGGGCCCCCAUGUUCUAUGGGUCUGACAGCGGGGGCCGCGUGCACGUCUGCACCCUGAAGCUGAAGGUAGGAGACCCCCACCCCGCCCCCCCUUGCCCCAGGGUGGGCAGAGGGGGGCACCCAGCGCCUCGGUCCCCCCAGGGCAGCCAGCUGCGGUGCCAGCAGACGCUGCAGGGCCAGCCCGGGCACCUCUUGGGGCGCUUUGGGGCCAGCCUGGCGCGCCUGGGGGACGUCAACGGGGACCAGUGGCCCGACGUGGCCGUGGGGGCCCCGCUGGAGGAUGGGGAGCGAGGGGCCGUCUACGUCUUCCACGGGAUGCGGGGCGGCGUUGCCCCCCGGUACAGCCAGCGCGUCUCAGGCGCCCAGUUCUCCAGCGGGCCACGCUAUUUUGGGCAGGCCAUCAGCGGUGGCCGGGACCUGACGGGGGACAGGCUGCCGGACGUGGCCGUGGGCGCCCGGGGACAGGUCCUGCUGCUCAGGUCCCAGCCGCUGCUGAGGGUCCGUGUGACGGUGGCUUUCCAGCCCCAGGAGAUCCCCAAGGCCGCCUUUGACUGUCAGGAGGAGGAAGCGCCCAAGGGAGAAGUGGCCAAGGCUGACAUCUGCUUCCUCAGCACCAAGAAAACCCCUGACAACUUUGGCAACCAGCUUUCCACCACGCUGCGGUACCGGGCGGCGCUGGACCCCGGCCGGGCGAUGGUGCGGGCCGUCUUUGCCGGCAGCGGCGCCGUCCGAAACGGGACCCUCCAGCUGGGCGUGGGGCGGAGGUGCCAGACCUUCGCCGUCGCCUUCAGGGGGUGUCCCCGAGACACGCUGACCCCCCUGGUGCUGCGCCUCAUCUACGAUGCCACGGGGGACCCCGUCAGGGUGGCCGGCGGCCUGCGGCCGGCCUUGAGCGAGGACUCGGAGACGGUGGCCGUGGGCACGCUGCCCUUCGAGAAGGACUGCGGCACCGACAACGUCUGUGUCGACGACCUCCAGAUCUCCUUCAGCUUCUCGGGGCUGGAAACCGUCGUGGUGGGGGUGACCGACGUGGUGGGCAUCACCGUCACCCUCUGCAACCGCGGGGAGGACUCGUACAGGGCCACUGUCCAGCUGCAGCACGCCGCGGCCCUCUCCUACCGCAAAGCCGUGGUCCUACAGUCCUCCAGGAGGUCGACCUCCCUGCGCUGCAACUCGGAGCCGGCGGAGGGGUCGUGGCGCAGGACCCUCUGCCUCGUCAACCACCCCAUCUUCCACCCCAACACCGAGGUCGUGUUCAGCCUCACCCUGGACGUGCCCCACGACGCGGAGCUGGGGGACGUGCUGGAGGUGGUGGCCAAUGCCAGCAGUGACAACGGGGCGCCGGGCGGCCGCGGGCAGCACGCCCAGAUCCCGGUGAAGUACGGCGUCUUCCUCGUCCUCACCAGCGCCCCGGAGUCCACCAAGUACGUCAACGUCUCGACGCGCGCGGGGGCCCCCGCCAGCGCCACCGUCGCCCACCACUACGAGGUGAAGAUCCUGGGCCAGCGGGACCUCCCCAUCAAUGUCACCUUCCGGGUCCCCUCCGCCCUGGGGGGGACCCCGCUGUGGGAGAAGUUGGAGGUGACCCCUGACCAGGAGCCGGUGCAGUGUCAGGUGGUGGCCGAGCACCCGGGGCUGGGGGUCCCCGACAUCCCCUCGCGGCUGCAGGAGCGCCCUGUCGUGGACUGCGCCGUGGCCGCCUGCCGGGAGCUGCAGUGCCAGGUCAAGGAGCUGGAGCCCCCCCGGGCCCUGGGGUUCAGGCUCGGGGGGCACCUGGCCCUGGGCUGGGUGGCAAAGGCCCAGCAGCCCAAGGUGGUCGUGCAGAGCUCGGCCCAGGUCCUCUACGACAUGGGGCGCUACUGGAACAGGGCAGGGGAAACCCAGCUCCAGGUGCAGACGGAGGUGGAGCGCCUGGAGUCCCCCAACUUUCUGCCCCUCAUCCUGGGGGGCACCGUGGGGGGGCUCGUCCUGCUGGGGCUGGUCGUUCUGGCGCUCUACAAGGUGGGCUUCUUCAAGCGACGCUACAAGGAUCUCAUGGAGGGCAACGAGACCCACACGGCUCCCCUGGGUGACCCCCAGGAGUGAGGCGCCCCCGGAAGCCUGGGUCCCCCUGGGGGGUGGGUCGGGGGGUAAGGGAGGGGGUGCCUG